AUGUGGGCUACUUCAGCUUUUCCAAACUCUUCUUGUACUCCGACAUCGGAAGCGAGUGCCCUUCUUCGCAGCGGGUGGUGGCCCGAUCAUGUGACUGGCAACGGUAGCUUGCCUCCGUGCAAAUGGCCUGGCAUCCGGUGUGACGCCCAUGGCAGCGUCAGAAUUGUCCAGUGGAAUACUUCCUAUUGGAGGGAUUUCAAUCUCGGCAGCAUGAAUUUCUCCCUCCUCCCAAACCUGGCCUCCUUGGAACUCCCUUUUUUGGCGCUUACUGGUCGUAUACCCCUCCAAAUAUGCGCGCUCUCUAUUCUCGCCCUCCUCGACUUGUCUUACAAUUUCCUCUCCGGUGAGUUGCCUCCUUGUCUCGGGAACCUCACCAUGCUCGAAACACUUGAGCUUGAAGGCAACUUGAGCAACUUGACAUACCUGGAUUUGUCAGGAAACCAAUUUUUGAGUGAAUCGGUUCCGUCAGAAAUAGGAAACUUAAAGAGUCUCGUUAUACUGGAUUUGAGCUCGAACAACUUCAGCGGAGAAAUUCCCAUCGAGUUUGGUCAUUUGACCGCGUUGAUUUUUCUCGAUCUCUACAACAAUUCUCUUUCCGGCACAAUCCCUCCGUCUAUAGGCAACUUGAGCAACUUGACAUACCUGAAUUUGCGAGGAAACCAAUUUUUGAGUGGAUCGGUUACGUCAGAAAUGGGAAACUCAAAGAGUCUCGCUAUACUGGAUUUGAGCUUGAACAAUUUCAGCGGAGAAAUUCCCGUCGAGUUUGGUCAUUUGACCGCGUUGAUUGAACUCUAUCUCUACAACAAUUCUCUUUCCGGUACAAUCCCUCCGUCUAUAGGCAACUUGAGCAACUUGACAUACCUGUAUUUGCAAGGAAACCAAUUUUUGAGUGGAUCGGUUCCGUCAGAAAUAGGAAACUUAAAGAGUCUCGCUGUACUGGAUUUGAGCUUGAACAAUUUCAGCGAAGAAAUUCCUGUCGAGUUUGGUCGUUUGACCGAGUUGUAUCAUCUCGAUCUCCACAACAAUUCUCUUUCCGGCACAAUCCCUCCGUCUAUAGGCAACUUGAGCACCUUGACAUACCUGUAUUUGCAAGGAAACCAAUUUUUGAGCGGAUCGGUUCCGUCAGAAAUAGGAAACUUAAAGAGUCUCGCUGUACUGGAUUUGAGCUUGAACAAUUUCAGCGGAGAAAUUCCUGUCGAGUUUGGUCGUUUGAUCGUGUUGUAUUAUCUCGAUCUCCACAACAAUUCUCUUUCCGGCACAAUCCCUCUGUCUAUAGGCAACUUAAAGAGUCUCGCUGAACUAGAUUUGAGCUUGAACAAUUUCAGCGGAGAAAUUCCUGUCGAGUUUGGUCGUUUGCCUGCGUUGGAUCAUCUCGAUCUCCACAACAAUUCUCUUUCCAGCACAAUCCUUGGAUCUCUUAUCGAGCAUUUGCACUUAAGAUCCAUCAACUUGUCGUACAAUCUGUUCACGGGCCCGAUUUCUGAUCGCCUUGUCACAGCUCAUUCGCGCAAUGCAUUUCUUGGCAACAAAGGCCUGUACAUUGUGAAGGAUCGUCCUCCUUUAAGGAGUGAUCGGACGGAUCGUCCUCCUUUAAGGAGUGAUCGGACUAAGAUUAGGGACGAGACAAAGGAGAUGCCAGAAAAAGACGGAGAUUUCAUGUCCAUAUGGAAUUACGAUGGGAAGAUUGCAUACGAAGAUAUAGUCAAAGCAACAGAAGACUUCGACAUCAAGUAUUGCGUUGGGACCGGUGGUUAUGGUAGCGUCUAUAGAGCAGAAUUGCCCAAUGGGAAGAUUGUGGCCUUGAAGAAACUUCAUCGUUUUGAAGCGGAGGACCCAUCUUUUGACAAGAACUUUAGAAACGAAGUGAAGCACUUAACAAGCGUGCGACACCGAAGCAUAAUUAGGCUAUAUGGUUUUUGCUUGCACCAGCGAUGCAUGUUCUUGAUUUAUGAAUACAUGGGGAGGGGGAGCUUAUUUUAUACAUUGAGAAAUGACAUCGAAGCGAUGGAACUAGAUUGGCCCAAAAGAGUGAAUGUCAUCUGGGAUGUUGCGCACGCCUUGUCUUACUUGCACCAUGAUUGUCCCCAGCCGAUUGUUCAUCGAGAUGUAUCUACCAACAACAUAUUACUCAACGAUGAAAUGCAGGCUUUCGUGUCCGAUUUUGGCACAGCGAGACUCCUGGAUCCAGACUCUUCAUCCAAUUUCACCGCAAAUAUUGUUGGGACGCGUGGAUACAUAGCACCGGAGCUCGCUUACAGUUUGGUGGUUAACGAGAAAUCUGACGUAUAUAGCUUCGGAGUCGUGGCAAUGGAAACAAUAAUGGGCAAGCAUCCAGCAGAGAUCAUCUCGGUGCUAUCGACCUCAAAAGGAGAAGAAAUCAUGUUACUCGACAUGUUAGACCAGCGCUUGCCUAUUCCGAGAAGGAGUUCUGUCGCAAAAAACAUUGUUCAAGCGAUGUCUCUGGCUCUUGCUUGCUUAAGUGCAGACCCAAAGUCAAGACCGACGAUGAAACAAGUUUCUGGAGCUAUUUUGGCUCAAAAAAUACCAAUAGUCGAGCCCUUCCAUGCAGUCUCAUUGGCACAGCUUCGACAGAAUCUAUUCCGCACAUCAACAUCUUCAUGGUCUUCUUAACAGCUAAAUUGGCUGGGUACAUUCUUGACACAGAAGAAUAAAAUAGUACCUUAGAUGAAUUUCAUAGUUUUGGGCAUUUUUUGAUAGAAACUCCUUCCAGUCUGACAGGGACACAAGUGUAAUUAA